AUGGCGGUCGCUGCUCCUACGGGUCGUGCCCAUGCCGUACCAAGCAACCCAACCCAAGCCGCUACUUGCUUGACUUUGCUCGUGAUUAGUCGGCCUGUCAACAUCACACCAGCUGGCCACGGAAUUCCUCACUCAGCCAAACAAAUCCCAAGCGCUCGGUUUGAGGGGUGUCGCACAACGUCCGCAGAUCUCUCGCGCCUGCAUGUCAGAUCGCACACCAUCUUCUUUCUGCUUACUCAGUUUUACCCUCCAAACGUUAGCGAGAAGGCGUGCGAGUAA